UGAAUAUGACUACAUUGCUGUUGGACCUUUCUUAGGAGUUCAUGCUCUGCCGUAGAGAAGAAAAGGAUCCACGAAAGUGUUUGGAUGAAGGCAAAGCUGUCACCUCCUGUGCACUGGAAUUUUUUCGUCAAGUCAAGAAAACAUGCCGAGAGCCAUUUGAAGCAUAUGCCCAUUGCCUGGAGUAUAGCAGUCCUGAAAUGGCUUUUAAAUAUUGCAGAAAGACUCAAGCUGCUUUGGAUAACUGCAUGAUGGACAAAAUGGGUUUGGAUAGGCCAGAACUUGGAUAUUUCAGUCGACCACGAGUUCACAAGACUCAGCGACCUAAGCCAGAACCCGAGACCCUACCCAAGUAUCCAAAUCAAAUACCAAGCCUACCUGAUGAUUUUCCUCGAGAACCUGCCAAACAUGGCUCUCGUUGGUUUUUCUUUAACUAGAUGAGUUUGUUUAUUAGGAAGAUUAAUUCAAAAAGAAAGGAAGUUCAUAGAAUGUAGUUUUCAAGUUCUCAAACACGUAGGAAUCUUGUGUACUGUUUACUCUCGAGUGAGCUGUGAAAUGUAAACAUUCUAGAAAUUUAAUAAACUUCAUGUUUGGUAAUCACUU